AUGAAAAUUAUAUUUCUUAUAAAUAUUGUCAUACUAUUUUUAAAUAAUGUAUUAACAAAAAAACAUGUGAUAAGUAAUACACUGAAUUUUAUAAAUGUUAAUCCUAAACAAUUCAAUAAAAGUACAAAAAGAUUAAAAGCUACAGAAUAUAAAAUUGAUAAUAAAAUAAUUAGAGGUCCUCUCACACCUUUGAAUGAAUAUAUUUUAAUUCAAAAGGAUGAGGCUUAUGACACGACCGAAAGCGGAGUGUUUAUUGGAGAUACUCUAAAAAAAAAUCAAUAUAUUGGAAAAGUCUUAAGUGUCGGAGCUGGUGCAAUUAAUACAAAAAAUGGUGAAAGAAUACCUAUAGACAUUCAAGUUGGUGAUGUUGUCAUUUUUAACCCAAACGAUGGAAAUAAGAUAAAAUAUAAUGAUAAGGAAUGUUUAUUAAUAUCAAACGAAGAGGUAUUAGGGAAAAUAAACGAUUCAAAUGAAAUUAAUCCAUUGAAUAUUACACCUUUAUAUGACCGUGUGUUAAUAAAAUUGAUAAACCCUAACGUUAAUUCGGACUCCUUAAUAAUUAUACCAGAAUCAAAAAAUAAUGAUAAAAUAACGGAUGGACAGGUUGUAGCAAUAGGUAAUGGAAUAUAUGAUGAAAAUAAUCAAAAGGUACCUAUAGAUUUAAGAAUAGAUGAUUAUAUUAAAUUUUCACCUUUUUCAAAUGAAAGUUGUGAAUUUACAUACCAGAACGCUAAAUAUACAUUUGUAAAGGCUAGAUAUGUAAUGGCCAAAUAUUAG